CGACAAGCGUGAAUGGCUGAGAGGCUAGGGGUGACCUCCCUUUUGUUGACUAUCGAGUGCUUAUUUGAUGUCGACAAUCCCCCGCUGUUCUUUUUGGUCGCUCUAUGCAGACUGAGUGGCACUUGUAACAGUGAUGCCAGCUGUGAAAACUAAUUGUGUUGGAUAUUCCGAACACAAUGUGAUUCUCUUUUUUUGGUAAAUAUAUAUCAGUGAUUGUUUAAAAAUGUGAUUGUGUUCUCUUUGCAAAGUUAUUAUUGUGUACCAUUUGCAGUUAUAAGGAUGACAUGCUGAUAACUUAUUCAUAUAUAUAUAUAUAUAUAUAUAUAUAUAUAUAUAUAUAUAUAUAUAUAUAUAUAAAUUUAUUUAUUUUUGUGUCGGUUUGUGUGUUUGUUUUUAAUAUAUUUUUUUUUUUAAUAUGAAAUACUUAUAGAUUAUUUAUAUAUAUAUAUAUAUAUAUAUAUAUAUAUAUAUAUAUAUAUAUAUAUAUAUAUAUAUAAGUGAAUAUUUGUUUGAGGCUGGCUGGCUGGAUUUGUUCCACAUACGUUUUUUUACAUGGAUUGAUGGAUUUUGACCAAACUUGGCACAUAUAUCCAUCAUGAUCCAGAAAGAACUCUUAAGGGGUUAUGGACUUUUUAUAACAUUCCGUUUGGGGCCGGGGGCCCCGAAUUCGUUUUUUUUUUCCCUUAAAUGAGCUAUAUAAAUAAAAUGGCUAAAAAUACUCAUACAUGAAUGGAUGGAUCUUGACCAAACUUAUUACCCAUACACAUGAUCAUCCAUAUUCAAAUACCAAAGGGUACUGAACUCAUAAUAUCCAUUUCUCUGUGGCUGGGGGCCCCGGUUCAUUUUCCUUAUAUAAGCUAUAUGAAUAGGGUUAGAUAACGGUAUAGGUUCUAUGUGAAUUUAUGGAUCUAAGCCUAGCUUUGUUCAUUACGCUUUUUAAUCCGCUUUGAAAUAUCGGUGGAUUUAAAACUAAGAAUAUCCAAUCUAGAAUUUUCCAGAAAGUUCGAUAAUUUUAAAAAGCUAUAACUAUGGUAUUUUUAAGCCGAUUUUACUGGGACAAAUUAAAAAUUUUAACUCUAUAAUUUAUCAGAAUAAUAUUUAUAGGACCCAAACCCUAUCUCAGACAUAAAUUAAAAAGUACUUUAUUAAAUGGGCCCCCAACUGGGGCCCCCAUUUCAUUUUAAAUGUACUGUAGUUAUAGUAGUUCAAUUAGUUGUAUCAUAUUUCGCAUUCGAGAAAAAAUUACGUAGACAAGUAGUUUUGUACCUGUUUCAUGGAGGAUAUUAAUUUUAAUCUAGAAUGUUCCAGAAGGUGCUAUAUUUUUCUACGGGGAUAUAUAAUGGUAUCUAAAAGCUUAUUUGAAAAAAAUCGGACUGAGCAUCAUCCCAUAGAGGAACAGGAUCCUAAAGGGGAACAAUAUCCAACAGUAAAUUGGAACCUAUCAGUUACGCGAUCCCAUCGGGUAACGCGAUGAAACCUGGAUCGAUAUCCUAUCGGGGAAAGGGAUAACAUCAGAAAAGAGAGUCCCUAGAUGAAACGGCAUCCCACAGAGAACGGAAUCCUAACAGGAUCCACCGAGAUUGGGAUCCGACUGGGAUUAAUACACCGUUGGGAUAGCGAUCCCACCGGGAUCUGGAUUCCCCUGGAUCGGACCACAAGAAAUCGGGAUCCACCGGGAAUGGGAUCACACCGGGAAUGGGAUCACACCGGGAAUGGGAUCACACCGGGAAACGGGAUUGUGUCUGGAUCGGGGUCAAAAUGGGAUUUUGGUCCCAUUGGGAUCGGGGUCCUUAUGCAAUCCCGUGCAAAGCCGGGUAUAUUAGCUAGUUUAUUAGAUAAUAGAUCAAGUAACCUAAUUAAAAAACGGUUUUUAUUCUUCCGUGUAGCGAAACCGAAUUCGUGUGUGGGUAGGCGCGUUUGUUUGUAUGUGUGUGUUUGUAUGUGUGUCUUUGUAGGGGGCGUCCAUUAAUUACGUCAACAAAAUAGAAGAGGGGGGGGGGUUGGACAUGUUUGACAGUUGUUGACAAAGGGGAGGUGGGGAGUUUAGAUUAGUUGACGUCACCAAUCAUGUUCUUUCUGUUUGAAUUUUAAUCUUAAAAAUUGACCUGUACUUACAUUAUUUUAAACAAUUUAAUGAGUGUAAAUAGUAAUAUAUGUUUAGGCUUUUAACAAUAUAAGAGUUAUUUUUAAUGUGUGUCUGUCUGUGCACUGCAGAUGGCUGGUCAGAACGUUAGCACGUGUUGUUAGUGCAAGAGAAGUCAAAAGUUGGCAUCUCUUGACCUGUCAUUUUUCUCUUUAUCCGCUCCCUAGAAUGAUUAACACAUGAUUGUACACGGUGUUCAAAUUAAAGAAAACACCAACUUAUGGCUGUUCAAUAACAACUAUAACAAUUCAAAGACAGAGAGAGCUUAUGGCAAUUAUUGCUCACACCGACAAUGCUUCUAUUUUAAGCGCUGAAUGGUUAGAUAAGGACGAUAUUGACUUGUCUGGUGUAUCAGUUCCGCGAGAUGAAAAUGAUAAAUCAACUACUAUACGCUAUGCCCAUCAGGGGCGGCAUUUCAGUUUUUUUUCAGAGGAAGGGACAGAGGGGGGCAAAACCAAAACCUGGUCGGCUUGUUAAGUUGUUUAUUCCUGGAGGCGCAACAGAAUAUAGCAAUUUAAAUAAAACCAGCAAAAUCAGGGGCGGGGGGGGGGGGGCACAUGUUCCAUGCCCUACACCAGUGGUUCUCAACCUUUCUAGUGCCGCGAUCCUUUAAUACAGCUUGUCGUGUCGUGGCGACCCCCAGCCACACAAUUAUUUUCGUUACUACUUCAUAGAACUAAGGAUAUGUGUUUUCAGAUGGUCUAAGGCGACUCCUGGAAAAGGGUCCCCAAAGGGGUCGCGACCCACAGGUUGAGAACCGCUGCCCUACACAAAUGAUGUCCUUGAUGCCCACCGUUACGAUACAGCAACACCUGGCUACUCCAUGGGAAGAUGACAGCAGCUAGAAACUGUGCUAUAAUUGUCAGCUAUACAGGCAAUAAUAAAUGUAUACUUGCCCAAACAAGGAUAUUUAGUCCUUAAAAAGGUUGUUUCUGCAUUAUAAAAUUUAAGGAUAAAAACGUUUUAACUUUUUGAUUGACUAACUAAACAUGAUUUCCAUACAUUUGUAUUUUUCAUUUCAACAGAUCAGCACAAAGUAAAAUUUAUUCAAAAUUUAUUUAUAUUAUAAUUCAUUUUUUUCUUGGGGACUGGGGUGUGUGGGUAUAAAAUGUUGACAUAAAUUAAAUAGGAGGGUCAUCGAAAGUUUGACAGUGUGCUAAAAAAAAAAGGGGGGGGGGGGAGGCGGGUUAAAAAUUGCGUAAAAUUUGUUGACGUCAUUAAUGGACGACCCCCCCCCCCCCCCCCAGGUCCCAGUAUGGAAGUCAGUGGUUCUUAAAGUGGGGUGUACCGCCCCUUUGAGAUGUACCAGUGGGCGGUAACAACGCUCAGCAGAUUUAAGAGGGGGGGGGAGGGGGGUGUAGGGCGUUGGGACUAACAAAUGGGGGAUUAAUCCAGAACACAUUAAAAAAAAAUUAAAAUGACAUAAAAUAUGAGGUAAAAAUAGAUUUAAAUUUAAUGGAUAAUUAACGGAUUUGAAAAGGAGACAUGAACAGACAAGAGUCAUGAACAGACAAGCGUCAUGAACAGACAAGAGUCAUGAACAGACAAGAGUCAUGAACAGACAAGAGACAUGAACAGACAAGAGUCAUAAGUAGACAAGAGUAAUGACUUGACAAAAGUCAUGAGUAGACAGUGUCAUAAAUAGAUAAGAGUCAUGAAUAGACAAAAGUCAUGAGUAGACAAGAAUCAUGACUAGACAAGUGCAAUGAUAGAAAAGAGUCCAUAAUAGACAAGAGUCAUGAAUGGACAAGAGUCAUGAAUACAAAAAAGAGUCAUAAAUUGACAAGAGUCAUGACUAGACAAGAGUCAUAAAUAAACAAGUGCCAUGAAUAGCACGAUUCCUGAGUAAACAAGAGUCAUGAAUAGACAAGAGUCAUGACUUGACAAGAGUCAUAAAUAUAGAUAAGAGUUAUGACUAGACAAUAGUCAUGAAUAACACGAGUCAUGACUAAAUCGAGUCAUGAAUAGACAAGAGUCAUGACUUGACAAGAUUCAUAAAUAGACAAGAGUCAUGACUAACACGAGUCAUGAAUUGACAAGAGUCAACAAUGGACAAAAGUCAGGACUAGACAAGUGUCAUUCAUUGACAAGAGUCAUAAGAAGACAACAGUCAUGACUAUAUAAGAGUCAUAAAUAGACAAGAGUCAUGACUAAAUCGAGUCAUGACUAGACAAGAGUCAUGAAUAGAAAAGAGUCAUGAAUUGACAAGAGUCAUGAAUUGACAAGAGUCACGAAAAGACAAGCGUAAUGAAUUAACAAGAGUCAUGAGUAGACAAGAGUCAUGAAAAGACAAGAGUCAUAAAUAGACAAGAGUCAUGAAAAGACAACAGUCAUGAAAAACACAGUCAUAAAUAUAUAUCAUUCAAAAAGACCAAGGUUCUAUUAAAAACAAGAAAUAUUUUCUGAAAGUAAGACGUCAUCAAUACACUUUUAGAAAAGUCGUGAAUGUAUAUGAAAGUAAAGCCGUCUACAUAUCUGUCUACAUAUUCAAUGGAAUUAGAAAUAAUCAAUAUAAUCAAUACGUUUAUUGAAAGUUGUAUGACAUGAUUCAAUGGAUUUGUAGCAAUGACAGCUUUUCAAAGAGGACUAUACGUUUUUUUUUAAUUUAUAGAGGACAUUAUUGUAUGUCUUUGUUUUCAUGAAAUUUGAUGUGUCCUAAUUCAGAAGUUAGUGUUCUUGCGUCAGAAGUCAGUGUUCUUGCUUCAGAAAUCAGUGGUCUUGCUUCAAAAUUCAGUGAUCUUGCUUCAGAAGUCAGUGGUCUUGAUUCAGAAGUCAGUGGUCUUGCUUCAGAAGUCAGUGGUCUUGCUUCAGAAGUCAAUGGUCUUGCUUCAGAAGUCAGUGGUCUUGCUUCAGAAGUCAGUGGUCUUGAUUCAAAAUUCAGUGAUCUUGCUUCAGAAGUCAGUGGUCUUGAUUCAGAAGUCAGUAAUCUUGAUUCAAAAAAGAGUAAACUUGAUUAACAAAUGAGUACAUUUGAUUCAUAAGUCAGUGGUCUUGAUUCAGAAGUCAGUGGUCUUGAUUCAGAAGUCAGACAAACGUCAUUUUAUAAGUUGAAUUAAGAGCGCAUGGUGUGACAGUCAAUGUUAUGACUUAGACUUAUUAGGAUAGUAGGUCAGCAAGGUUUUCACAGUCACGCCACUUUUUCGGUAGCGCGUUCCAUUUUGGCGUGUUGAUAAUCUUUGAUAAAAUAAGUAGGUCACUCAUCCAUUUGGAAUCUUAAAUAAGGUUUGUUUUACUCAGAUUUGGUAUUUUAGGGAAAAUGAUGUUUAACGUUUGUUUUGAAAAUCUAACGUGUAAUGUCCUUUUUAACAUUAUUUAAGUCUAACUUGUCAUGUACUUUUUAACAUUAUGUAAUACUAACUUGUGAUGUACUUUUUAACAUUAUAUAAGUCAAACUUGUGAGUUCUUUUUUAUUUCUUUAAAUAGAUUGGAUUUCAGUUUCAGUUAUGUCUUAUUCUGUUCUAUUCUAUUCUAUUCUGUUCUAUUCUAUUCUGUCAUAUUCGAUUAUGUUCUGUCCUAUUCUAUUCUGUUCUGCUCUAUUCUAUUCUGUCCUAUUCUAUUCUGUUCUGUCCAAUUCUGUUCUGUUCUAUUCUAUUCUGUCCUAUUCUAUUUUGUUCUGUCCAAAUUCUGUUCUGUUCUAUUCUAUUCUGUCCUAUUAUAUUCUAUUCUGUUCUAUUCUAUUAUGUCCUAUUCUAUUCUGUUCUGUCCAAAUUCUGUUCUGUUCUAUUCUAUUCUGUCCUAUUCUAUUCUGUUCUGUCCAAAUUCUGUUCUGUUCUAUUCUAUUCUGUCCUAUUAUAUUCUAUUCUGUUCUAUUCUAUUCUAUUCUGUCCUAUUCUAUUCUGUUCUGUCCAAAUUCUGUUCUGUUCUAUUCUAUUCUGUCCUAUUCUAUUCUAUUCUGUUCUGUUCUAUUCUAUUCUGUCCUAUUCUAUUCUAUUCUGUUCUGUUCUAUUCUGCCCUUUGGUCAUCUUUAAACACAAACCCCAACUCUCCAAUGUGUUCAAGUUCAGUUUUCAAAAGAAACAGGUACUUUCCUUCAUAGGCUUCACUACUGACAAAUAUGAUUUUUCACUUCAGUGCUAACAAAAAUGAUCUUUGAUUCCUUUGAACAGAAGUUUCAGCAUCAUUGAAACACAACAUUACAAAAUGAUAUGUAAAGUCAAGUAUUUGUGUCUUAAAAGAAGAAUUAUUAAACUCUUUGCAUCUGGGGCUGUGAUCAUUACUCUCAUGGUUAUCUACCAAAGCUAUGCUACAACGGACCUACAAUCUUACGUCGCAUUUCUGGCUCCUAGUUCCGUUCUGGACACCUCCCAAGCGUGCAUCCACCCAGCACUGAACAUCAAUGACCCGACCAUGAUGAGGUUCUACAGGAACAAGAAGAGAGUGAUAUGCAGGGGCGACACCGACUGGAUCGAAGUGCACAAUGGGACGCUCCUGUUCUCUCACCAGGCCGUGUCUGACCAAGUUGGAUUUAAAUGUCAUUACUAUCCGUUAAUACGUGGCCCUGGUGACGACAACAUCUCCUACGGAGAGCCCAUCCUCAACGUGGAGCAUGGCACGCCCCUGGUUUCAGAUUUCUUCAAAAUCAAUUGUAUUUCAAACGUCAAAGGCACCAGGUACACGAAUAUCCACGCAGGCGUCCAUCACAACCGCACAAUAAAAGGAAGGUUACAAAAAAGGAAGCCUCCAAAAGACGGCCUAGGUCUGUCCAUAGCUUUCUUGGGCUUUGACUCCAUGUCUAGAAUGUCUUGGCUGCGACGCAUGCCACUUACCAGAAAGUACAUGGUGGAAACGCUGAAAGCCAUUGAGCUGGAAAGUUACAACAUUGUUGGGGACGGAACACCGGCGGCACUUUUCCCCAUCCUAACCGGGAAACAUGAAACGGAACUUCCCGAUGCGAGGAGAAGCGCCAACCAUUCGAAGUCCGUUGAUCAGUUUCCUUGGCUGUGGAAAGACUUUCAGAAACACGGCUACGUCACUUCCUGGGCUGAUGCAGAAGUUGAAAUAGCGCCAUUCAACUACCGCCUCAAAGGUUUCGAGCACGCACCGACGGACCACUUUAUGAGACCCUUCUACCUGGCCGUUGACCCCACGUACCGAAGCUACUCACGAUAUUGCCACGGCUCUCUGCCCAAGCACGUCGUGUGGUUGAACUGGUUCCGUGACAUCAUGUACAUGUACAAGCGUGAUCCCAAGUUCAUGGUACACUUCUACACGCCCCUCAGCCACGAUGACAAUAACCUCAUAACAAUGGUGAGUGUUUUUCUUAGAGCGUUUAUCUGAUCUUGCUGCGUUCUAUCUUAGAUCUUCAAAUAUUAAUAAACUAGGGCUUAACGGGUUGAAAUUUCUUUUACAACGGGUCAGGGUAUGGUCUUUUGAGAAAAUACCCGGUGGGUCCAAAGUCUAAGUGUAACCGGGGGGGGGGGAAUCACGUUAACCUCUGAUUUACUCUAAUAUAUGCUGGCCUUAAAACAAUGUGACUUCAGACUGUCGUCUGUUAAGUGUGCCGCAGCACACUGGUGUGAAUAGAAAUAUAACUAAGUGUGGCGCGGUAAAAUGCCUCCGACAUAAGUCCUACUAAAUAAGUCGAGCUCAUAACACAAGUCCUACUAAAUAAGUCGAGCUCAUAACACAAGUCCUACUGAAAAAAAGAACAAUGGGAAACAUUCGCUUAACGUGUAUGGUCAACACUCUUUUACUGAAAAUGCAUCGUGUGAAAGAAAAUAUAGGAAGUUUGAAAGGAUGUUUCUUCUAAUUGGGUUCCACUCAUAGAUGAGGUGUUUUAAUUGAAGAAACUGGAAUGUCAGUGAGAGGAAUAUCAACAACACACGUGUUGGCGUGAUCACCGUGCUGCAGUUAAACAAGUUGAACACACUGAAGAUGAAUGUGUAUCACCGAUUGGAGCUAGAUGUGACCAUAGUGAACAUUUCGACACACGAGGUAAAGCUAGAUGUGACCAUAGGGAACAUUUCAGCACACGAGGUAAAGCUAGAUGUGACCAUAGUGAACAUUUCGACACACGGGGUAAAGCUAGAUGUGACUAUAGGGAACAUUUCAACACACGAGGUAAAGCUAGAUGUGACCAUAGUGAACAUUUCGACACACGAGGUAAAGCUAGAUGUGACCAUAGUGAACAUUUCGACACACGAGGUAAAGCUAGAUGUGACCAUAGGGAACAUUUUGACACACGAGGUAAAGCUAGAUGUGACCAUAGUGAACAUUUCGACACACGAGGUAAAGCUAGAUGUGACCAUAGGGAACAUUUUGACACACGAGGUACAGCACAAUGUAUAUUGCCCGCUGUGUUUAAUUUCACAUCUCCCUGGUACCUUUCAAACGUUUACAGAGUAAGGGCCUUAACUCUCGACAAAGGCAGGACCAAGAGAAGCGAUAAGGCCUUUUCUGUACAACGAUCACCGUCAAAUAUGGCUAACCAUGCGAUCAAUUUUAAAAAUCAGACCUUUGUGGAAUUUCAGUAGAGAGGAGACUAAGGUUCUCUUGUGAGCGGCUGGUCAAGAGUUUCGUGCUCAGAACCGCUGCUACAGAUUGUUUGUCAGGUUCAAGAAGAAAAUGGAAGAGCAGCAAUCAAGAGGCUCGGGACUCAUUUUGCAAGAAGAAAAAACAUGUGGGUGAUGCUUGAGUGACUUGAUCGUUUUCAUUCUGAACUCCAGAAUCAAGAGCCAUCAAGAAAGUGGCAGAUAUGUUUGAGGCCGUUCACGAUAAGAAUAGACUAAUUGUAAAUGGAAAAGAGUUAUCAGUGUCCAUUCCCAAACUGACCAAUCUUUAUUAUGAGUUUUGUAAAAAAAAGUGACGUUUGGGUGGAAACACCAAAGUCUGCGAAGGCACCUGAGAGUGUCAGCUGAUUGGUCAAUAUUUGAAGCUUUGAAAGUCAUCGCUCCAACGAGACUUGUCAGAAUCACUCCUGUCAUUAAGCCUAUAAUCAGUAGUAAAUGACAUUCUUAUCUGAUGGAAAUGGUCGUAACUGUUCACCUGAUUUUAUGCCAACCUUGGCAAGUGUGGCUUUUAUUUCGUCAAUUACAACACACCCAGGGAAAAAUGAUAUAUUGAAAAGUAUCUUAGAGUUUGAGAUUAAUAUAAUUAUCUAGAGCUGAAUGUCACUAAAUCCUCUUGAACACGUCGUUUCUUGGGCAUUCAUUGUUGAAAAUAGGUCUCUCAACGGAGGAAAACGUAUUAAUAAUUUUCAAAAGAGGGAAUGGCGUAGAUAACCAUUCAUGUUUGUGACAUUAGCAACAACAGCUGCCUGUCAAAUCAUCAAUGUCGCGGCGAAAUCAACAAUGCAGACCCCAACUUGCGUCUCGUUCCCGGGGCAGUGCGAAACGGGAAAAUGGUGACGCAAUGACAUACUAUCUUUUUAUGGAGAUGCAGUGACAUGCUAUCUUUUUAUGGUGAUGCAAUGACAUGCUAUCUUUUUAUGGUGACGCAAUGACAUGCUAUCUUUUUAUGGUGAUGCAGUGACAUGCUAUCUUUUUAUGGUGAUGUAAUGUCAUGCUAUCUUUUUAUGGUGAUGCAGUGACAUGCUAUCUUUUUAUGGUGAUGCAGUGACAUGCUAUCUUUUUAUGGUGAUGCAAUGACAUGUUAUCUUUUUAUGGUGAUGCAAUGACAUGUUAUCUUUUUAUGGUGAUGCAGUGACAUGCUAUCUUUUUAUGGUGAUGCAGUGACAUGCUAUCUUUUUAUGGUGAUGCAAUAACAUGCUAUCUUUUUAUGGUGAUGCAAUGACAUGCUAUCUUUUUAUGGUGAUGCAAUGACAUGCUAUCUUUUUAUGGUGACGCAGUGACAUGCUAUCUUUUUAUGGUGAUGCAAUGACAUGCUAUCUUUUUAUGGUGAUGCAAUGACAUGCUAUCUUUUUAUGGUGACGCAAUGACAUGCUAUCUUUUUAUGGUGACGCAAUGACAUGCUAUCUUUUUAUGGUGAUGCAAUUACAUGCUAUCUUUUUAUGGUGAUGCAGUGACAUGCUAUCUUUUUAUGGUGAUGCAAUGACAUGCUAUCUUUUUAUGGUGACGCAAUGACAUGCUAUCUUUUUAUGGUGAUGCAGUGACAUGCUAUCUUUUUAUGGUGAUGUAAUGUCAUGCUAUCUUUUUAUGGUGAUGCAGUGACAUGCUAUCUUUUUAUGGUGAUGCAGUGACAUGCUAUCUUUUUAUGGUGAUGCAAUGACAUGUUAUCUUUUUAUGGUGACGCAGUGACAUGCUAUAUUUUUAUGGUGAUGCAGUGACAUGCUAUCUUUUUAUGGUGAUGCAGUGACAUGCUAUCUUUUUAUGGUGAUGCAGUGACAUGCUAUCUUUUUAUGGUGAUGCAAUGACAUGUUAUCUUUUUAUGGUGACGCAGUGACAUGCUAUCUUUUUAUGGUGAUGCAGUGACAUGCUAUCUUUUUAUGGUGAUGCAGUGACAUGCUAUCUUUUUAUGGUGAUGCAGUGACAUGCUAUCUUUUUAUGGUGAUGCAAUGACAUGCUAUCUUUUUAUGGUGAUGUAAUGGCAUGCUAUCUUUUUAUGGUGAUGCAGUGACAUGCUAUCUUUUUAUGGUGAUGUAAUGGCAUGCUAUCUUUUUAUGGUGAUGCAGUGACAUGCUAUCUUUUUAUGGUGAUGCAGUGACAUGCUAUCUUUUUAUGGUGAUGCAGUGACAUGCUAUCUUUUUAUGGUGAUGCAAUGACAUGCUAUCUUUUUAUGGUGAUGUAAUGGCAUGCUAUCUUUUUAUGGUGAUGCAGUGACAUGCUAUCUUUUUAUGGUGAUGUAAUGGCAUGCUAUCUUUUUAUGGUGAUGCAGUGACAUGCUAUCUUUUUAUGGUGAUGCAGUGACAUGCUAUCUUUUUAUGGUGAUGCAGUGACAUGCUAUCUUUUUAUGGUGAUGCAAUGACAUGCUAUCUUUUUAUGGUGAUGUAAUGGCAUGCUAUCUUUUUAUGGUGAUGUAAUGGCAUGCUAUCUUUUUAUGGUGAUGUAAUGGAAUGCUAUCUUUUUAUGGUGAUGCAGUGACAUGCUAUCUUUUUAUGGUGAUGCAGUGACAUGCUAUCUUUUUAUGGUGAUGUAAUGGCAUGCUAUCUUUUUAUGGUGAUGUAAUGACAUGUUAUCUUUUUAUGGUGACGCAGUGACAUGCUAUCUUUUUAUGGUGACGCAGUGACAUGACAUGUUUUUUAUGGUGACGCAGUGACAUGCUAUCUUUUUAUGGUGAUGCAGUGACAUGCUAUCUUUUUAUGGUGAUGCAGUGACAUGCUAUCUUUUUAUGGUGAUGCAAUGACAUGCUAUCUUUUUAUGGUGAUGCAAUGACAUGCUAUCUUUUUAUGGUGAUGCAAUGACAUGCUAUCUUUUUAUGGUGACGCAGUGACGUGCUAUCUUUUUAUUAUGACGCAAUGUCAUGCUUUCAGUUUUUGGACUGAUUUGACAAAAGUAGUGAUGUGGUUUAAAGAAAAAAUUUUCCCAAUAAAAAUUAUAAAACAGAAUUACCACUUGGUAACAACCAAAACUUAAGGAUUCUUCAGAAUUACAGAGAUGGCCAUGUUGUUGCCAGUGUUACAAUUACAGAGAUGGACGUACAGUGGCCAGUGUUACAAUUACAGAGAUGGUCGUACAGUGACCAGUGUUACAAUUACAGAGAUAGCCAUACAGUGGCCAUUGUUACAACUACAGAGAUGGACCUACAGUGGCCAUCGUUACAAUUACAGAGAUGGACGUACAGUGGAAAUCGUUACAAUUACAGAGAUGGCCCUACUGUGGCCAGUGUUACAAUUACAGAGAUGGCCCCACAGUAGCCAGUGUUACAAAUUCAGAGAUGGCCCUACAGUGGCCAGUGUUGUAAUUACAGAGAUGGCCAUACAGUGGCCAGUGUUACAAUUAUAUACAUGGACGUACAGUGGAAAUCGUUACAAUUACAGAGAUGGACCUACAGUGACCAGUGUUACAAUUACAGAGAUGGACCUACAGUGACCAGUGUUACAAUUACAGUCAUGGAACUACAGUGGUCACUGUUACAAUUACAGAGAGUUACAUACAGAAUCACCACAGACAGCGAAGAAACGACGAAUUAUGUUUUAGAAUCAUAAGAAAUUGCCUGAAGUCCACAGUUAGAUGAAUUAUGGAUUUGACUAAAAUGAAGAUAUUGAUUUAUCGUUAUCUUAAUUAAACUGAAUAAAUUGAUGAAUGGUUAAUAUUUUUUGAUUUGCUGCUAUCUUAUUAAAUUAGGACAUUUUGAUGGAGUGCACUAUAUUCACGUCAUGGAGUCAUGUUUAAAUGCAUGGACACAUUUCAUCGAUUUUUUAAAUAAAUAAUAUUUUACAUUUGUUAUAUCAAAUAUCGCUUAUGUUAGUUUAUUUGUAAGUUUUAAUAAAUAUUUAUUUUAUAAUGUAAUUCUUAAACCAAAGCAUGGUUAACUAUUUUUUAUAUUUUUUUACCAGGCUGACGAAGAUCUCCAGAAGAUGCUUGAGCACUUAGAAAACGAUGGCUGUUUCAACAGUACAUUACUGGUUAUUAUGGCUGAUCACGGGGCCAGAUUUGCUGACGUCAGAAGAACUUUGUCCGGAAAACUGGAGGAGCGGAUGCCGUAUGUUAGUUUCCGGUUCCCGCCAUGGUUUGAGGAUCAAUACCCAGACAUCGUGCAGAACGUGAGAACCAAUGCGCACAGACUCACAACCCCGUUUGACAUACACGAGACAUUUAAAGAGGUUCUCAGAUUUACAGGGGGCGGUGUGGGUAACGUUAAAAACCGUGGGAUAAGUCUGUUUAAGGAGAUUCCCAAAUCUCGCACGUGUGCGCACGGUGACGUUGCACCACAUUGGUGCGCAUGUCUCUCAUGGCAUGAGGUCAACCCUAACAGUGACAUCGGGAAGAGGGUUCUCCAAGCGGCCAUAGACAACAUCAACAGUUUUACAGCGCCGUAUCGAUCGGACUGUGUGGAACUGACCAUUGGUAAAGUCACCGCGGUCAGUAAACACAUGCUGAGGGAAGAGGUGCUGAGAUUUUCAGAGACGACCGGAGACAGGGGGGACAAACCCGUCUUGUCCGACGCGUAUGUACCCCUCAACAAAGCAAUCUACCAGGUGACAUUCUUCACAGAACCAGGUCAUGGGGAGUUCGAGAUCACUCUUGAGCACCUGGUGAACGUGGACCAGAUAACCUUGAACCCCAAGGCCAUCAGUCGCAUCAACAAGUACGGCACCGAUCCUGCGUGCAUACUGGACAAGAACCGUGAGAUCAGACAGUUUUGUUACUGUAACAAUCAGAGCCUAGCCAAGAGUCGGUAACAAUGGUUACAUAGGAUUACAAACGUUACAGUUGACUCUGUUGGUGUGAUUGUUUACUCUAUUGGUUUGAUUGUUUACUCUGUUGGUUUGAUUGUUUACUCUGUUGGUUUGAUUGUUUACUCUGUUGGUUUGAUUGUUUACUCUGUUGGUUUGAUUGUUUACUCUAUUGGUUUGAUUGUUUACUCU